AUUACCUGGUGGAGAGUGUUCCCAGCUCGCCUUCAUGUUGCCCAUUUCCUUCUCUGCAUUUAUCCUCUCUGCUUGCUUCUUAACCAAAGGAAACUGCAUCUCCUAUGAUGAGCUGAAAGAGCUGAAAACUGAAUUUGCCAUCAAUCUCUACCGGCAUAUAUCUGAAGCAGAGAACAGAACCAAUCUGGUAGUCUCUCCAGCAAGUGUGGCUGUUUCUUUGGAGCUGCUGCAGUUUGGAGCGCAAGGAAAUACCUUUACAGAGCUGCAGGACGCCCUAGGAUACAACAUUCAUGAUCAAAGCGCGCAGGACUUCUUGCGCACCGUGUAUGAAGGAGUGACCGACUCGAGCCAAGGCACAGUGGUUCAGCUGGCAUGUUCCUUCUUUGUGGAUGCUGGCACGCAGCUCUCGCCUCACUUCACUGCACAUGCCGCACGCUGGGCGAACAGCAGCCUGCAGCAAACCAACUUUACUGACCCCAACAGAACCACGGCCCAAAUACAGGAAUGGAUCACCAGUAACCUUGCAGAUGGGGAUGUGCGUGGCAUGCUGUUGGAGACUGCUAGGUCGUCGCUCAGCCAGGUUGCCUUGGUGAGCACCAUGUAUUUCAGAAGCACGUGGCAAAAGAAGUUUUCCCUUAUGGACACUCAGAUGUUGCCUUUUACCACAUCAGAGGGCUCAACCCUGAAAGUGCCCACAAUGCAUCAUACAGCUGAAGUUAACUACGGCCAGUUCCAGACCGCGGCUCUGGAGGCGUUCAGUGUGGUCGAGUUACCCUUCCUGGGGGAGAAACACAGCAUGUUCCUAGUGCUUCCCAGCCAUAAAAGAACACCUUUGUCCCAGAUUGAGUCUCACCUCUCUGCCAAAGACAUAACCCUCUGGGCCAACAGCUUAAAGAGAACAAAGAUGGACAUUUUUCUACCUAGGUUCAGUAUUCAAAGCCUUUUUGACCUAAAGACAGUUUUUUCUGCCUUGGGAAUUAAAGACGCAUUUGAUCCCAUCACUGCUAAUUUUAAAGGCAUUUCAGAUCAAGAUAGUCUUUACAUUUCAGAAGCUAUUCACAAAGCAGAGAUUGAAAUAACAGAAGAUGGUACAAAGGCAUCAGGAGCUACAGCAAUGGUAUUACUAAAAAGAUCUCGAACACCUAUUUUCAAAGCAGACCGACCCUUCACAUUUUUUCUGAGACAAGCUAGUACAGGUUCAGUACUCUUUAUAGGAAGAGUUACAAAUCCUUCAUAAUAAGCACUAAACAAAUAAACUGUCUUCUGUUCCUCCUAUGGUGAGCUUUCCUCCAAAGAAAUUAAAGGCUACAUUAUAUGUAUUUAUUAAAACACUGCUUUAAGCAGUAACACUUUUGCAAGAAAAAGUGAGAGUAAGCCCUCCACUACUUUAUUACACUGUACAUACUGUUGGAAACUUAAAGCUGUCUAGGAAUCAUGAGCAUCACAACUACAGCAAAGACAGUAAGCAUAUAAACAUUUGAAAAAAAAUGAACAAAUUUUGCCCCCUAAAUAUUUAACAGUAUGGGCAAACAGCUGCUACUUAACUUCAUCAUGGCUAAAAGCUUGACUGUUGCUGAGUAUAUAGGUCAUCUGAAUGAAAGCAUCCUACAAGAAAGUUUUGUGAUGUUAUUUUUCAAGCACAAUUUCAUUUCCCUGUCCUGAAGUCAAAAGCUCAAGAAUAAAAUUGAAAUUUAGUCUGACCCCAGACAGAUAUAAUCCAGCUGAGAUAGUAAGGUAUCAAGCAAACAGCAUGAUGCUGUGAAAAGAAAAUAGUUGACAGACUUUCACAACUGGCACAGAAUCAUAGAAUCAUCAAGGCUG